AACAACAAAAUCAUCGUCGGAAAAAUGCAUGUUCGCUGUGCCGCAAUGGAAUAAAUAAGAAAAAAAACAACAAGAAACAGGAACAAGAGAAAAAGUUCAUUUCAGCCCUGAAAAGUGUCUCUAUCUUGUGCUCGAUUGUUUAAUACCAGCAGCAGCAAUGAAGUUCUUGGUGAUUGCCGUGCUCUUAAUAGGCAGCUCGAUGGCCGAGAAAGCGUCGGAAAAGAAGCAUGAGAAACGCGGACUUCUUGGAUUAGGAUACGGACACGGGGUGCUCGGAGGACACGGAGUGCAUGGUGUGCACGGAGUAAUUGGAGGAGUCGGAGGUCUUGGAGUUGGAGGUCUUGGAGUUGGAGGUCUUGGAGUUGGAGGUCUUGGAGUUGGAGGUCUUGGCGUUGGAGGUGUCGUCGAUAGUGUCCACACCCACACAACGAUCACCAAAAGCAUUCCGGUCCCUGUACCAGCCCCAUACCCUGUAACUGUCGAGAAGCAUGUCCCUGUUCCUGUACGAGUCAAUGUACCAGUUGCUGUUGACAGGCCUUAUCCAGUCCAUGUCCCUGCCCCAUACCCUGUUGCUGUUGAUAAUCCAGUACCCGUUGUCGUUGAUAGACCAGUUGCUGUACCAGUUUCGCAUCCCGUUGCUGUACCAGUAGAUCGUCCAGUUGGAAUUCCUGUACCAGCGCCGUAUCCCGUUCCGGUGGUAAACCACGUUCCAGUGGCCGUCCACGACCACAUCCUCGGACAUCACUUUUAAGGAAACCGCAGAUCGAGGAUAUAUAAUGCACUUCCUUUAGUCCCUUUUCUUAAAUUCAAUGAAUAUUUUUAUAA